GCGACGAGACCCUGGUUUGGCCUCAUCGAGCAGAAGAACAAGUCUCGUCGGGAAUACUUUGUAGAAACAUAGAAACUUUUUCUUUUUUUGCCCUGUCACCUCCACCCGUCUGCUUGUUAGCCGGCCGUUGGACACCUGGCCUGUUUCGUGGCAUGCUGAUUAUGUAACCUAGCCUGAGAGGGAGCUCGACAGCAAGCCCCAGAAUCGUCACCAAAGCAUGUGCAAGGGCCAGGUUUCCCUAACCGCACCCUCCAGGAGCCAUUUCAAAUUUCCUUCCGUUAAAGCGUUCUCUGGGGCGAUAGUGAGGCCUCAUUUACCCUUACCGGGAUAUUCGCUCCGUCUAAACAUGUCCUGAAGUCAUUGAGCGCUCUCAUUCUCCGUCCUACAUACUCGCCGCUUGGAGCAUUUUUUGUACUCCUAGGCGGUAAUCUGCUUGCCUUUCUUGUGUGUGUGUUUCUUUCUUUUUUCCUUGAAGGAUGGCCCCUUCGAAGAAUCGGCCUGCCACGUCAGGCUAUGCCCGCCUCGCUCAGGCGGACGAAGACAGAGAAUUCGAGUACGAGUCUGACGAGGAUCCCUACGCCGUUCCCCCUACCCUAUCCUCGUCCGUCCCUCGAUAUGCCCCUAUCCGCCCUACCGGCCAUAUGCAGGCCUCCAGACAGUCAUCUCCUUCCCGUUACCGUAGUAGAAGACCCUACUACGGGAAAAGCCGUCGGGGCAGGACUGAUUCAUCUGGCGUGGACAUAAAGGCGAUAAAUAUGAGACUGGAGAAAUGGGCUGAGGAGAUUGCGUCGAAAUUCAAGAUUCAUAGGGUUAAAGGUAAAACAAACGAGGAAGAACAGCUAGAAAUACAUCAUACCGUUUUUCAAGCUCCCGAGGGUGUCCGCCCCGUGACUGCUGCAUCCCUCGAAGCAGAUCCUCCGGAGACCAAACGCAUGGCCGAAUCUGAAUUUAAUGACAUCGUGGAGAGCGUGCGGGUGGCAAUCGAGCUUGGAGUACACCCGAAAAUGAUCUCGCAAGGAAGCUCCGGGAGCUACUUCGCGCGAAAUAGUGAAGGGAAGGUGGUUGGCGUCUUCAAACCCAAAGACGAGGAGCCGUAUGCCUCACGGAAUCCAAAAUGGACCAAGUGGAUACAUAGAAACUUGUUCCCUUGCUUUUUUGGCCGGGCCUGCCUUAUUCCUAACCUGUCGUAUGUGUCUGAAGCCGCUGCCUAUGUGCUCGAUACCCGGUUAAAAACCCACCUUGUUCCCUACACCGACAUCGUAUGGCUCUCUUCCAAAUCUUUCUAUUACGACUUUUGGGAUAGAAGACGGGCAUGGAGAGGAAAGAAACCACUACCUGCCAAGCAGGGCAGUUUCCAAGUCUUCCUUAAGGGAUAUAAAGAUGCCAAUAUCUUCUUGCGUGAACACCCAUGGCCAGACCAGACGAGCGGUGGAUUUCGUGCCGAAGAUGCACCGCGGAGAAAGAAGAGGCCCUGGAAUGAAGCUUGUCGCCCAUCCGGAAUUCAGUCGGAUGACGAAGAUGAAUAUCAAGACGCUCGUAUGCUCAGUCCAUCUCCGCAGGACGAUGGACCUCGAAAGUUUUAUUGGACGGAAAAUUUGAAGCAGUCAUUUAGAGAAGAGCUUGAAAAGUUGGUUAUUUUAGACUAUAUUAUGCGAAACACAGACCGAGGGCUUGAUAACUGGAUGAUAAAGGUGGAUUGGCACACAGAAGAAGUCUCCAUUGUGUCGGAUCCGCCGAAGGCAAAUGGAAUAAAUCAUCUUGAUGAUGAAGAUCAUAUGCCGCCUCCACGCCCGAUAUCCGCGAAUUCUGAACGAACAAACUCUCCUAUGUAUCCUUAUAGGCGACAUGAAACCAUGGUAGCUACAAGCAGGACCGGGACUCCGUCCAAUGCACCAGAGCUUUUGAACGCCUCGAUAUCGGUUGGAGCCAUCGAUAACAGUUUGUCUUGGCCAUGGAAACACCCUGAUGCUUGGCGAAGUUUUCCUUUUGGGUGGCUCUUCCUUCCGGUUUCUCUUAUUGGACAACCAUUCUCACCAAAGACCCGGGACCACUUUCUACCUCUGCUCACAUCGACGGCAUGGUGGAGCGGAACCCAGACAGCGCUCCGGCGUGUCUUCAGCCAAGAUUCCGAUUUUAAAGAGAGCAUGUUUGCAAGACAGAUUGCUGUUAUGAAGGGCCAAGCCUGGAAUGUUGUGGAGACGUUGAAGCAAGCAGACCACGGCCCCUUAGAGCUGACUCGCAGGACAAGAGUCUGCGUUUGGGAUGACCUUGUGGACAUACCCGUCGCGAUUCCUCUCCGUGUACCUUCCGGUGAGGCUCAGCGACGACAUGCUCUUGAUCACCUCGAGUCACAAGAAGAGAUGGAUAUCAGUUCUGCCAUGGCAUCUGAGCCUGGUCCGCAUCGUGAUUUAUUGAGCUUCGGCUCUCCAACAAAUGAAUUGCCCAACCCGAACCGAUUCGAGCUCUCACGAGAUACCACCUCUUUCGAAUCAGGCAGGACAAGGGACCGGGCCACUAGUCCUAUCUCGUUCAGCCAGGCUGAUUUCGGGAAUCUAGACCGUCUUGGUGAAAGUGGCAGGGAGCUUGCAAGCAGCUGGGCCACACUUCCACCUCGACCGACCGAACGUCAGUCCAAGCGAUAUGGCAAGCGACCUUCACAUAGAAAGCAAGCAUCUAUGUCACGUCGGGACAGUACCAUUGUCUUUGGUGGGGACGAUCUUGAAGGGGAUCUUGGCUAUGCUGCCGCCGAAGAAAUGGAGGGACACGAACGUAAAGUCAUUGUGGAGCGGCUUGAGGCUGUUAAAAGCAAAAAUCCGGUUUUUACAUGGUGCUGAUCUCUGGUCAUUCCAUAUUUCGGAGUUCUGAAGCCACAGUACUUACUUCUACUAUUUCUCUCCUGUAUUACUCCUAUCACUUUUAUUAUUUUUGAUGGCUGGACUAAUAAUUUCUACUUUCUGCUUCUGAUUCUUUUGGGUGGUGCUUACUCGAUCUUCUCAUCCUGUUUGAAUGGCAUGGCUCAUGUGGAGUUGUAUUUGAGGUUUUAGAAGCAUGUUCAAAAGGCCACUCUGUAUUUCCUUGUUCAACUUCCUCUGUCUUGUGCGACAAUCCCCGUGGUUGAAUUUUAGAACUUGUUACUCGUGUGUCAGGAUACAGGACAGCAUUUUCUAGCCUUUCACAUCGUCUAGCCUGCAUUUGGGUUGGAACUUCUUGUAUGUAUUGAGUUUUCGGGCGAGUCUUGUUACACCCUUUCGCAGUUUGUUUUUGAUGUUAUUGCUUGCUUUGAUGAUGUCAAUAUUGCUCAUACUGCAUUGAGAACAAUAGUAGAUAGGUUUUUUUCAUCUUGAG